AUGGGAGUAAUUGGAGCAUUGUCGGAAGCGACAAGCGCUAGCGAAGAUGCUCUACGACUACUUCUCUCCGUUCUUGCUGGAUACCCACUUGCCGUCGUUCACCGCACAUUUUUCUACAACAAACCCGCCCAACAACAACAUUUAUUCUUCGUCAUCGUCGGUAUCUGUCUGUGGUAUUUCAAUUGUGGAUCUUCAGUGAUUCAUGCGUUGGCAUCUGUCAUUGGAGCGUAUUUGAUCACUAGCCAAUUGAGAGGAACAGAUGCUUCUAUCUAUGCCGCCCAUAUCUUUUUCCUUGGUUAUCUUCUAUUCGGAUAUUGGCAUCAUGAGACUGACACUUAUGAUAUCACAUGGACUACUCCAUAUUGCAUUAUGACACUCAGAUACAUUGGACUUGUGAUGGAUGUGUAUGACGGCGCACAGAAGGCGGAACAUCUGAAACCAGAUCAGAAGUUGACUGCUAUCACUGACAAACCAGGACUCUUGGAAAUUGCCGCUUACGGUCUCUUUUUCCAGGGAACCCUUGUCGGACCUCAAUUCACCCUCUCGAAAUUCCGUUCAUUUGUCAAUGGAGAUUGGUUGGAUUCGGAGGGAAAACCACCGAAAUCUGCAUUCAUGCCAUCAAUCGGUCGUUUCUUGGCCGGUUGUACGUAUAUGGUUCUCCACCAAUGGGGACAAUUCUGGAUUCCUGAUCCAUGGUUUAAUUCUCAAUCAUUCAAUUCCUUGUCAUUCUUCUGGCGAUGGUCAUGGGUCACUUUAUGGUUCCGUCUCACAAUGUACAAAUAUUGUGCAAUGUGGUUGAUCACUGAGGGAGCAUCGAUUCUAUCUGGAUUGGGACAUAACGGGAAGGAUCAAGAUGGAAAUGAUAGAUGGGACGGUGUCCGUGACUUGCAUAUCAUCAAAUGGGAAACUGGACAUGAUUACAAUUCAGUCGUCGAAUCAUUCAAUUGUGGAACCAAUACUUUCGCCAAAAAUCACAUCCACCGCCGUCUCCGCUGGCUGAACAACAAACUCGCAUCUCAUGUGAUCACUCUGACAUAUUUGGCAAUUUGGCAUGGAUAUCAUCUCGGUUAUUUCUUGUUAUUCGGUAUCGAGUUGGGAUGUGUUCAAGCACAGAAUCAGUUGUACGCACUGAUUAAGAGAACACCCGGAUGGACAGAAGCCAUUUCUCAGCCGAUUGCUCGUCCGUUUAUUUGGUUAUUCGGAAAGAUUACAAUCUCCUAUUCGAUGGGAUUCGCUUUCUUGAUGUUCGGAUUGAUUAAGACCAAAUAUUGGAUUGGGCCCGUCAAAUCUCUCUACUUCAUCGGUUUCAUCAUCUACUUCAUCGUCUGGCCAAUCCUCCACAUCGUCCUUCUCCGCGUUCUCCCACGUCAUCCAAAAAAGGUUGAAGACGUCAAAUCGACCACCGCCGAAGAAAAGAAAGAGCUGUAA